AUGAGGUCUUGGUUCAAAGGCUCCGUCGCGGCCAAUUCCUCGAAAUUGAGUGUCUCGUCCAGCAAGAAUGCCAGCUCCACCCAAGUCGCAGAUCCCCGGGAUGUCGAGGCGUCGGAUCUACAAGAUGCCAUGGAAGCAGCUGCUCGCAUCGUCAACGACGAUAUCGACGGCGCGGAAGCACAGCUAAAGGCGCGAAAGGAUUCAUCCAGUUUCCACCAGCUCGGGCUCGGCAUCGCAGUCUUCAUGAGGUCGAUUUUGGGCUUCGAAAAGGAGAUCAUGCUGGAAGCGAGCAACCGACUAGCCGAGUGCGAAGCACGGGCAUGGGCCGACAUGAAGAAGGCGCAGAAGCAAGCCGAUGGUGGUGGUUGGUUCAGGGGCGCCGGCACUGCGAACGGCCAAGGGUCUGCGAAGAACAGCCAGAUCUACCCACCAGGAAGCGAGUACCAGCUGGUAAACGCAGAGGCACAGCUCAUGGGCGCGAUAAUAUCCGUCAUGCAUGAAAGUCUUACAGAGGGCAUCAAAGGCUUCUAUAAGCUGCGCAAGGCCUUCGUUGCGCUCGAUGCUAUCAUGGAAGCUGAAUCGAGGGUCUUGGCUGAGCGGAAGGCCAACGGCGUGGCUCGAGGACCAUCCAUUGCCACGGAUGAUUCGAAACAGGACGCAGUCGUUGAGGAUCAGAAGAACCUUGAGUCUGACAGCGACCUCGAGUUUGUGGAUGCCCCGGAAGAUGUUGAGAAGUCGCAGGCACCUGCGGCAUAUGCUGGCCACCUGAGAAGAGUGAACAGCAAAUCCGCUCCAAGCUCCGUACUCGAGAAGGACAUGAGCGAUCUGAAUUUGGAGACAGCCACGGCGUCUUUGCCUGCAUCAAGGAAAAGUUCGCCGGAUUCUCAGGAACGGAACGGCUCACCCCAGCGCCGCCCAGUCCGGCAAACCCUCCUCGACCAGGCGGGCCCAGACUCGUCAACUUUUACAAACCCAGUCGAUGUCUUCGUGCAUAGCGGUGCGAAUAUGUGUUUCGGAAUCUUACUUCUUAUUAUCUCUAUGGUCCCGCCAGCCUUUUCAAAGCUGCUAUAUAUCAUAGGGUUCAAGGGUGACCGCGAACGUGGGGUACAGAUGCUGUGGCAGAGUACCAAGUUCGAUAACGUCAACGGUGGAGUGGCCGGCCUGAUGCUUUUAGGAUAUUACAACGGCAUCCUGGCAUUCGCGGACAUCCUCCCUUCAGAGAAGGACGUCGAGGAGCUCGCGGACGAGGGCGAGAUCAUAGGGUAUCCCAAGGAGCAGUGCUCUGCCCUUUUGCAAAGCAUGCGCUCGCAAUACCCCCAAAGUGGCAUGUGGAAAGUUGAAGAGGCUAGGAACCUGGCCAAUGCCCAGCGCGUCCCGGAGGCAGUGGCGAUGCUCAAGUCGAACGGCGACUCAAAGAUGCGCCAGGUCACGGCGCUCAGCAACUUCGAGCUGUCUACUAACGCCCUGUUCAUGAUGGAUUGGGUCACCAUGCGCGACAGUUUUCUAAGGUGCAUUGAACUCAACGACUGGAGCCACAGCCUUUACUAUUUUUUCAUCGCGUCGGCGGAGCUCGAGCUGUAUCGAGACUCGUUGCAGGCAGGCGAGGCUACAGAGGCUAAGAAGCACAAGAAGGCGGCUGAGGAGUACUUCCGGAAGUGCCCCGCGGUAGCAGGACGGAAGAAGUUCCUUGCUCGACAGAUGCCGUUCGAGGUUUUUGCGCUCCGCAAAGUCCAGAAGUGGGAGGACCGCGCCAAGGAAUACGGCAUCGAUCUCGCUGACGCAGUGGGCGUCUCCCCCGCUGAAGAGAUGACGUAUCUCUGGUCUGGGUCCAAGCGCUUCUCGGGCGACAUGUUUGACAAGGCCCUGGCUUACCUGAGCUGGGACAGGUGCACGGCGAGCAAGGAGCACGUGGAGAAGAUGAAGGCUAUCCCCGACGAGGCGGCCAUCAAGGCGGUCGCUGAGGCUGUCAUCCUGAGCAAUAUGGGCCGGUACGAGGACGCCAGGGGGAAGGUGAAGCCUUACCUGGAUCAGGACAGGACGCUGUUCAAAGGUACCACGCGAGACGACUACACCCUCCCGUGCGCACACUACGAGAUGGCGGCGUUGGCAUGGAAGGAGGCGUGUGACCCGAAGUGCUGGCCAGCAGCAGCCGACGAGGCUGACGAGUACAGGCGGGAGAAGGUCGCAGAGAGCCAGGAGUAUUUAGACCACGUUAAGACCUGGGAAAGCUUUGUGCUCGAUGCGAGGAUCGGAAUGAGGGUCCAGACUGGUGCGGACAGCAUUGCGUGGUUGAAGAGGAAGAAGAACUGGGCUUGA